UUAAUCGCGGACUUGUCUUAAGGGAUAAACUGCAGGGAUAAAGUCUCUCUCUGACCAGUCUCUUUGAGUUUAAGACACAAGAGGAACCAGAAAGGGAAAAAGCACAGAGAGGAACCUGUGGAGUCUGAUCACACCUAAAAAAAAAACAACACAAGAAAAGCAGGUCCUCUGGCUGACCAAAGCUCACCUCAAGUCCUGCAAGCAACAUGGAUACACAGAUUAUCUAUGACCUUUUAGGGGAAAAUGCUUGGUUGUACAUCGCUGCUACCUUUGUGGUGUUGUGGAUCGUCGUGUGGCUGUACAGAGACAGUCUGGAAAUUGAGAAUCUCACCGAUAAAUAUGUGUUUGUGACCGGCUGUGACACUGGCUUUGGAAACCUGCUGUGUAGGAAGUUGGACCGUAAAGGUUUCCGUGUUUUGGCCGGAUGUCUGACAGAAAAGGGAGCCGAUGAUCUGAAGAGGGUCGCAGGGCCUUAUCUGAAGACGAUCCUCCUGGAUGUGACGAACCAGGACAGUAUUCAGAAAGCUAUGGAGUGGACCAAGAAGGAGGUUGGAGAGAAUGGACUUUGGGGAAUUGUGAACAAUGCUGGACGCUCUUUACCGAUGGGUCCUUCAGAGUGGAUGAGGGUGGAAGAUUUCCACAGCACACUGAAAGUCAAUAUGAAUGGAGUGAUCGGUAUGACGAUGACUUUCUUGCCUCUUAUCAAAAAAGCCAGAGGCCGUAUCGUAAACGUGGCAUCAGUGCUGGGAAGGGUGGCCGCAAACGGUGGUGGAUACUGCAUAUCCAAGUUUGCAGUGGAGUCUUUCUCUGACUGCCUCAGGAGAGACAUAAACUACUUUGGAAUCAACGUGUGCAUUAUUGAGCCAGGAUUUUUCAAGACUGCAGUGACCAGUCUGGAACCCCUGGAGAGGGAGCUGCACCGCCUGUGGAACCAGCUCAGCCCCGAAGUACAAGCCAGUUACGGAGACAAGUACCUGGAUAAGUACAUCAAGGUCCAGCGUUUGAUCAUGAACGCCGUCUGCGACACUGACCUCAGCAAGGUGACCAGUGCCAUGGAGCAUGCCCUGACCGCCGCAUACCCACGUACCAGAUACAGCGCAGGCUGGGAUGCCAAGCUUAUCUGGAUCCCCCUCUCUUACAUGCCUUCCUGUGUGGUAGAUAUUGGGCUGAAGCUGGUUCUGCCACGUCCUUCAAAGAGUGUGUAACUCCUGACGACUUUGAAAGAGCGUUAUCAGCUGUUUGUGUGUCAUUCUGAUGCAGUCCUGAGGAUGACUUCAAAAUAAUCUUCUGCCUUUCAAAAUACCCACAUUCCUUAUCUACACAGCCCAUGCAAUGAUACUUUGCUGCAGUUACUGUUAUAUUUAUAUGUGCAUAAUCUUCCAUGUUAAUGUGUUUGGGGUUUUUUUUGUCAGUUUGAGCCAUUCAGACAGUAGACAGAGUAAAGAAGAUAAAGAAACUGUACUUUAUAAGUCCAUGUUUAACUCGUGUUUUAUUUGUUAACACUAUGCUGUGCCUUUU